AUGGAGACGCCAAAGCACCAGUACGAGACAGAUGUCUUGAUCGUUGGCGCCGGGCCGGUCGGCUUGUUCACAGCCUGGCUGCUGGCUCAGCUCGGACAACCAUGUAUGCUCAUCGAAAAGAGCCAUACCACCACUGCUCUUCCGAAGAUGGAGUACACGAACAGCCGAACGGCGGAGAUCUAUCGGUCGGUCGGUUUGGAUCGCAUCCUGAGGCCACUUGCCGUUCCAGAGAAGCACCCUUUCAACGAGGUCUGGGCUACAGGCUUUGGAGGCCAUGCAAUCUCAACCUGGAAGCGCCAGAGUCCGACGGAAGAUCGCAAACAAGCAGCGGAAGAGAAUGACGGUACUUGGGCUCGCGAACCGAGGAUUCGACAAAUGCAAUCCGUCAUUGAGGCGGAACUGAAGAGGCUGUGUCAGUCUGAACGGCUCAUCACCGACCUCUGGGGAUACUCCGUGGUCAAUGUCGAGGAAACUGACUCAGCAGUAUGGACGACGGCUCAUAAUGAUGCCGGCGAUGCAGUUGUCUUCAAGAGCCGCUACGUCAUCGGUUGUGACGGCGCAGGGAGCGCCGUCCGUGCCAGCGUAGGCAUCCAGAUGGAACGAAGAUCGCACCCAACGAAAGCCCGAUACGUGCACUUCAAGACCCCAGAUGCCGACAAACUGCGUGCCUUCGGCCCGUUCUGGCACGCCUUGUUCUUCGGUGGUGCCGUAGUCCCCCAGGACGAGAUCGACACAUAUACUGUGGUCGAGAUCCUGCCACCGGACGCCGAUCUCGAGCCCAUAACUGACCCCGAGGGGUUUGUAGCAAAAAUACUUGGGGGGCUGACAGGAAAGCCGUUCCCGGUACGAAUUGGCACUAUGCUUGGAACGGGAUCGUGGAAGCUCUACUAUGGCAUAGCGGAUACUUUCCGAUCCCAGAAAGGCCGAGUCUUUCUUGCCGGCGAUUCUGCUCACACGAUAACCCCCGUCUGUGGUUUCGGCUUCAACUCAGGCGUGCAAGAUGCAUUCAAUCUCGCUUGGAAGCUCGCAGCGUACCUCCGCGGCCACGGCGGCGACAAGCUGCUAGAGUCGUACAAUGCGGAGCGAAUGCCGACUGUACAGCUCAUGGUCCGUACAUCCGAGCAUGUGGCCCAGACAUACUUUGUGCCCAUGAUGUCAAAAGCGUUUACACUAGGCGCCGAGAAAAUAAACGCCUCCGGUGAGGAUGGAGAUCGCGCUCGGGCCGAACUAAAAGUCGAGGUAGACAAAGCAUUCCUGAUGCACGAUCUCGAAGGUGUUGUCCUAGAUUACCGCUACGCGAGCUCGGCUAUCAACAUGUCGGAUCCUGACGGCCCUGAGCCGGAGUGGAACAUGCGCAAAGUUCAUCCGUCCACAUGGCCGGGCUGCCGCGCACCGCACGUCUUCCUUUCUGAUGGCAAGACCAGUAUCAUGGACUUGUACGGCUCAGGCUUCACUCUCGUCGACUUCUCACCAUCUGGAACCAUCGGUGAUCUUUUCGUCGACACCGCGAGAUCUCUCGCCGCACCUCUCAAAAAGCUCUGGCUGCCAGAGGAACGCCAUUGUCGACUCAUCUGGGAACGGGACGCGGUGUUGGUUCGCCCAGACGGAUUCGUCACUUGGCGCUCUCAGCAACAAUGCUCCAUAAGCCCGGAGGAGGCGAGAAGUCAAUAG